CAACAGCCCUCUCGCCACCUAGGCGCACACCACAGGCACUCGCCACUCGUUGAAUCUGUAGAGGAGAGGAGAGAGGAACGGAGCGCUGGACGGACAGAGGCGACGCAAUGGCGACGUCCUACCUGAUCUUCUUCACCUCCUUGGUCGCUGUGACGGCCUUCGUGCCGGGUCCGACGACGGGCCUGGGUGGCGGUGUCGGCAGCAGCAGUAGCACCAGGAGCGAGCGUGCAUGGAGGCACUCCUGGCACGGUGCAACAGCAGCAGCACCAACAUCAGCAGCAGCACCGACGCUAAGGCAGGAAGGACGACGAGGCGGCGGACUUGGCAUGUCGGCAGGCGGCACGAAUACGGUGGUGGUAACGGGCUUGGGGGUGGUGUCGGGGGUGGGGACCGGCGUGGAGGCGUUUUGGGAGGGUCUGCUCAAGGGCGAGAGCUCGAUUAAUAGGGUCGAAGGCUUCGAUCCUGAGCGGUUCAAAUGUCAGAUCGGGUCCGAGGCGGCGGUCAGUACAGCGGUAGAUUUGCAGUUAAUGUAGGUAGAACUUCCCUGUUUUUCUUUGAACGGUGUGUGUCGAAGAGUGUUGUCGAGACCGUUCGCAGCGUGUCUCAGCCGUGUUGUAGAGCAUCCUUCAUGAAGGGCAGUAGCAGCAGCAUCGAGUAGUGGUCGAUUGUAGUGGGUCUUAACUGGUACACGACGAAAGGGAUCCGAAUGCCGGCUGCUCCGAACACAAUGGGAGGUGGCGUCAUUUGAUCUGAGAUUAGAAGAUUUUGUUUCGUCAUAUUUUUCGAGGGACACUGGGCGCUGUGUUCCCCUUUGUCAAUGGUUACCAAGGCAGUUUGAUGCCUUGGUAUCCAUUGUUUUUCACCCUGGGGUUGGGUGAUUGAAAAAGUUUUGAUGUUUUUUAGGUUUUAUUUUGUACGUUACAUUCCUUCCUUCCGGAGAGAAUUCUAACAAUACCAUUGAGUUCCAUUCAACCAUCCUCAUGUCUCUAAUAGUACGUUCAAAUCAAUCCUCAUAUCCUGAUUGACACCACAGUGGCUACCUGCGUCGAUACCAACAUCGUUGGUUAUCUGUACUUCCAUCGACAAAAUACGUCCUAUCAUGUUGCUCCUACCUCUACUCUUAUUCUUACAGUUAAACUUCAUGAAUCACCCCCAUGGCGAAUGCGUUACCAAAUGUUGUGCUCAACACCAUACCAAAACUGUACUCUGACAUCUGAACUAAAGGAAUUCGGAAUAUAUACAGGUGUCUU